AUGCAAGGGACGUUUGACUCGUCACAGACCCUUCGUGAUGUGAAAAGAUGGAUCGAGGCGGAAACGGGCUUGGCCCUCACUCCAGUCGAAGACGACGCACUACCGUCAUUUGCUCAGACCUCGGCAAUGGCGCUCAACGACUACGCCUUCUGCUACUUGGGCGUUCCGAGAGUCACCUUCACUGUGGGUCAGGAACUUACCAAGCUCAGUGACUUGGGUCUCUGCCCGCGCCUGGCACUCAUAUUGAAGCCCGUGCGCUGUGAACAAGAAAGGAGGCAACUGUCUGGGCUCUGGACUGCGCUUUCGGGCAAAUUGUCUCUGGUGGCCAGCGCCUUGUACACAUUUUUCGAUUACGGAUUGGAAGACGCCGAGCUUGACUUCCUGGGCGAGGCUGAUGUGGCCCAGCCUGCGUUUGUCGUGCCAGAGAAACCUACCGACGUUGAAGCUGAUGAUAAGCACGAGAAGUUGGUCUCGAAUGAAGGUUCGACCUCGAUGGCUUCCGUGACUAGUCGUGGUAACCAACUGCACGUUUUGCACGACAGAGAGACCAAAAGAUUGCAGGGUAGCGCUAAUAAUUGA